CGGGUCGUCUGUGGACGCUGCCUGCCUGGCCGGCUCUGGACAUGGCGGCAGCGGCCCCGGAAGAUGAGGACCGCCGACCCAUCCGGAGGGUCCGAUCCAAGAGUGACACGCCUUACAUCAAUGAAGCGAGGAUCUCUUUGCACCUGGAGACAGCUGAGGAAGUGGAGAGGCUGGCAGCAAUGCGCUCGGACUCACUGGUACCUGGCACACACACACCUUCAAUUAGGCGGCGAAGUAAAUUUGCCACCUUAGGGCGUCUCUUUAAACCCUGGAAAUGGAGAAAAAAGAAGAGUGAAAAGUUCAAGCAGACCUCUGCUGUGCUAGAGAGGAAAAUGUCCACACGGCAAAGCAGAGAAGAGCUCAUCAAGAAAGGAGUGCUGAAGGAAGUUUACGAUAAAGACAGCUCAUCCUUUUCUACACGGGAGGAGGAGAAGCUGCAGAAUGGUCAAUCUGCGGCGAUUGGAUGCAGCUCGUCAGAGUCAGAAGGCGCUGAGCCGAUGGAAGGCGCAAUAGCAACAGGAGGCUCUCAAGAUUUUGAGAUUACCAGUGAGGGUACAACUCAGCAGGACCACACCCAGAAUUUAAACCAGGCUUUUCCAACAAAGAAGCCUUCUUUAUAUCCAGGGGAUGAUGUUGAAUCAUCACUCCAAAGAUCUCCUAUGUUACACAAGCAACCACCUGCACUACCACCCAAACCUUUCACCAGGAUAACAAAUCACAACACAGAUGGCACCCCGGUAAAGUUGCCGUGCAUGUCGGUGAAGUUAUCUCCUCCUCUACCUCCAAAGAAGCUCAUGAUCUCCGUACCUGCAGGGAGCAUGGAACCCUCUGUACUCGCCUUCCAGAAGUGCUCUGCCCCUUCCAGCCAUGUUCCUGUGGGUGGGCACUCCCUUCACUAUGGGACACUUCCUAUCCACCCGCCCAGCAGAAUUAUCGAAGAACUCAACAAGACCCUUGCCCUGACCAUGCAGAGGUUUGAGAGUUCUGUAUUGCGUGCUGUUCCCACACUGAUGAUCGAUUGCGACAACAAAGAGAAUCUUCCGAACGAAGCAGAUUGCGAGGAUCUACCGGUUAUGUACGAGGACGACGAAGAAGACUUUGAAGAGGAGAACGAAGAGGUGGACGACGAAAAGGAUGAGGACGAAGACGACGAUGAUGAUGAUGAUGAAACUUUGUUUAUAAGCACACUGGCCCUGAAGGUGUUACGAAAAGACUCUCUUGCAAUAAAACUGAGUAAUCGUCCAUCGAAAAGAGAGCUGGAAGAGAAGAACAUUCUACCGCUGCAGUCGCAUCAGGAGAGGCUUGAGUUCCGACAGCAAACUGCGACCAAACUCACCAGGCGGCUGAGUCAACGUCCAUCUGCAGAGGAACUGGAACAGAGGAACAUCCUGAAACCACGGAAUGAUACAGAUGAACAAGAGGAGAAGAGGGAGAUCAAGAGACAUUUGUCCAAAAAGCUCAGCCAAAGGCCCACAGUGGAGGAGCUGAGAGAAGCAAAGAUCCUCAUUCGGUUUAGUGACUACGUGGAGGUCGCAGAGGCUCAGGACUAUGACAGGAGAGCCGAUAAGCCCUGGACGAGACUAACAGCUGUGGACAAGGCUGCCAUAAGGAAAGAGUUGAAUGAAUUUAAAAGCACAGAGAUGGAAGUGCAUGAGUCGAGUCGACACUUCACCAGGUUCCAUCGGCCAUAAACUGAAGUGGGAGCUUGGUGGUAUUUCUCCUCCCACACCAGUGAACAGGAGUGAACACCGUUGACUGCUCCAUGCUGCCCUUAUUCUGCGGAACACCUCUCUGGUGGUCGCAGACAACUGGCAGGCUGCCGAAAGACGAUACCCUUCUGGAUUAGCAUCUUUUUUCAGUAGAGUUUUUAAAUUUCUUCAUAUUUGAAAAAAAAAAAAAAAAACUAAAUUUUUUUUAUGAUUGUGAACUUUGCACUUUUCUUUAUGAACAUGUUAUUUGAAGUCAAUCUGCCAAUUCUGACGAGUUUGAGGAGGAAGACUGGACUUAAAAACUGAUUUUAGAAUAUUGAUACACUGUAUCAAUUAUUUGUAAGGUCAAGCUUAAGUAUUUUAACUAAGACAGAGAUAAGUAUUUUCUAAAAAAAACAAAAAAAAAAAAAAACAAGUGUUACAAUUGCACUAUGUUGGCAAUUGUCCCACGGUAGUUGGACACAAAAGGUUGAAUAUAGUAAGACUCCACUUAACUAUUGUUACCUUUAUUAAGUACACACACUAUUAAUUAGGUCAAUGUUAGUGGGCCUAUUACUGCUUCCAAUUAAUUUCAACUUUCACCACUUGCCCUGUUCUCCCAAAAUCAAUGUCUUCAAAUGAAUCAGUGAACAGAGCAAUAAUCUCAGACUCUCCUUUAUCUGUUUAUUUAUUCAAAAUCACCUUCUUAUCCAAUUACCAAAGCAACUUGACUUGCUGCAGAAGUCGAGUUUGAGUGCAUUCUAGAAUGCCUGCUGUUAUGGCUCGCUGUGCCUAUACAGCCAUAUUCACAUGCAGGGAUUAUAACACUUAAUCCAUGUUUCAUUUGACACACUUCAUAGACACAUAAUUAUGUCAAUAUGGAAAACCUAAAUGUUUGCUUAUGAUUUUGCCUUAAAGGGGACAUAUUAUGAUUUUUCUCUAACACUUCCUUGUGGUCUACUCUACAUAACAUGUGUGGUGGUGCAUAGAUUUUGUUUUACAGACCAUCUUCAAGCCAUUUGCUUACCGUCUCUUCAGAAUGCGCCGUUUUGUGGGCGAUCUUAUUUACGUGCCAAAGCCCUCCUCCCCCAGGACAAGCCACCUUUGACUGUGCCUCCACCCCGUCAGCAAUGUUGUAGUUUUCUAGCACUUCCGUAUCGAGUUUGUGUUAGUUAUCGCCGAAGAAUAACUUGCUAUGUUGCUUAUUGUCGACGCUCUUUAUUUCUCCUGCAACUCACACACCAGCAGUUACUUUUCACUUUCACCCCCCGGACCUUCUUUCUCGAUUUGUACACAUGAACUUGGAUCAAUGCGCGCAUACACAAAACAGUCCCCUGAAUA